AUGAACACCACUGAGAUUUCUUUUGGGGUGAUAAUUCUGUUACAGAUCAGCAUUGGGGUCUCAGUGAAUGUUUUCCUCCUCCUGUUUUACUGCCACAUGAUUUCUGCCAGCCACAAGCCCAGCUCCUCAGAUUUGAUUCUUACCCAGUUAACCUUGGCUAACACCAUACUUCUGCUCACCAGGGGAAUCCCAGAGACCAUGUUAACUUGGGGACUGAGAAAUUUCCUAGAUGACAUUGGAUGUAAACUCCUCAUGUACCUUUAUCGAGUGGCCCGUAGCCUCGGAAUCUGCACCACCUGCCUCCUGAGCAUCUUCCAAGCCAUCACCAUCAGUCCCAGCACCUCCUGGUGGGCAGGACUCAAAGCUAAAUUACCAAAGUGCAUCUUUCCCUCCUGUGUUCUCUCCUGGAUCCUCAAUAUGUUAAUUGAUAUUGAAGGUCUCAUAGAUAUUAGAGGCCCCCAGAACAGUAGCAGUAUUCAAAUAAUAUUGGAUCUCAAAUAUUGCUCAAAGGUUCAUAUAAGUGCAGUAACCACCCUAAUAAUUGCUGUUGUGCUCACCUUCCGGGACUUAUUCUUUGUGGGCCUAAUGAGCAUGGCCAGUGGCUACAUGGUGUUUGUCCUCCACAGACACCACCAGAGAGUCCAGCACCUCCAUGGACCAAGUCACUCUUCUAGAGUGAUGCCAGAGGUCAGAGCAGCCAAAAGAAUCAUUGCUCUCGCCACCCUCUAUAUUCUCCUUUAUGGACGGCAGUCAAUCAUGCUGAGCAUAAUAAUGAACAUGAAAAAGAAUUCUCCACUGUUAAUGAACAGUCACGUGGUGUUGGGAUUCACCUUCUCAGCCAUGAGUCCGUUCCUCAUGAUUUACAGUGACAGAAGAAUGAGACGGUUCUGGAAAAAAGAAUCUCCUGUUCCCAGCACAGAUCCCUCAUAA